CGACGACUUCAGAUAUACAAUCACGAUCAAGUACUCUUUGCAUUCACAACACACAGCUCAGUCAGAUCGACCAACUUGAUAGAACAACAUCACUCACGUUCUCUCAUCCCACCAAUCCUUCACAACAAUAACAGCAAUCUUUAUAUAUAAAGAAAUCAACCAGCCUACCAACCAAUAACCUUCACCAUGCAAUUCCUCAGCACUGUCUUCGCCGCAGCCGCCGCGCUUGCAACCGUCGCCUCAGCUGGCACAGUCCACUUCGUCAACCAAGACAGCACUCAACGUACCAUUGUCUUCACCCAGAACGAGGGUCUCGAGUCCAUCCCCGAGCUCGUCAUCUCCGGUCUCACCACCGCCAACCAGACCUUCCCAACCGGCUGGAUUGGCAACUGGUACUCUGUCUCUGAGGGUGCCACCAACACCCCCGGCAUGCUCGGCGAGGUCCGCUUCGACGGCUACGCGGGGGCCACCUACUUCGACGUCUCUGCUAUCGUCAACCCAGAAGACACUAAUGGCGUCAAGGAGAUCUUCCCACUCGGCAGCAACACGCCCGUCUCCGGGUGCCAAAAAUGGCCUUGCACCAACGCCUACAACAAGUGGGAUGAUGUCGCGACCCUCAGCACCGACGGCGACGAGCUUGUCUGCCUCCUCGGGACGGCUAGCUCGACCCGUCGUCGAGGCGCCAAUGCCAUGAGCCGUGACUAUGUCACCUCAUAAAGCCGCCCACCCCCCUCCUUUUUCGUCACUAUUUGAGUAUCUCUCAACAUCUUCCUAGAGAGGUUGAGGGAUACGGGAGUUUAAGGAUUGGAGAACAGAAAAGAAAUGGAAAAGAACUUGAGAUGAGAACGCGUCUGCGCCGCUUGUCGUGCUGCGAUGGGUUCAACGACCUUUAUGAUGGACUUUA